AUGGUUGGGCCUAGCAAGGAAGCGUCCACUCCUCGGAGUUUCUCCCAUGCCUCGACUGCCCGGGAGCGUUUGUUCUCUCGUUUCCCGGACGGCAGCGCCUCCGAAAGCGCCGCCGCGCGCCACUCGGGGGGCAAGAUUAUUCUCUUUCCUCGGUUUGCGUCUGCAGAAGUUUCGUGCAUUUCUGUAGCUUUCCAUGGGAGCGUGGUCGGCAGUGAUGCACUCUUUCGCAUUCUCGGUUUUCGCGUUUCGUUCAGAUAUCUGGAGGAGCUCUGGAAGAAGAAGCAGUCCGACGUGCUGCGCUUUCUUCUCCGUGUGCGCACAUGGGAGUACCGCCAGCUCCCCGCUGUGCACCGCUGCACGCAGAGCACUCGCCCUGAUAAGGCGCGUCGCCUCGGGUACAAGAAGAAGCAGGGCUUCGUCAUCUACCGCGUGCGUGUCAGAAGAGGAGACAGAAAGAAGCAAGUCCACAAGGGCAUUGUUUACGGAAAGCCGAAAAACCAGGGUGUUCGUAAGCAGAAGUCGACUCGCAACUUGCGCGCCGUCGCCGAGGAGAAGGUUGGACGCAAGAUCUGCGGAGGUCUGCGCGUGCUGAACAGCUACUGGGUUGGUCAGGACGCCGUCUACAAGUACUACGAAGUUAUCCUUGUGGACCCCGCCCACAAUGCGAUCCGCAACGACCCGCGCAUCAACUGGAUCUGCAAGCCUGUCAUGAAGCACAGAGAGUGCAGAGGCCUGACGUCUGCGGGCAAGAAGUACCGCGGCUUGCGCACCAAGGGCUUCGGUGCUGCGCGCCUCCGCCCUUCCAGACGCGCGUGCUGGAAGAAGAGGCAAGCUCUCCAGCUCCGCCGCUACAGAUAA